AUGAUUGACUUAUUAGUUAUCAACAUUGAAUUUGAAUUCUUUCCUUUCUUUCGUUUCUUCGUUAGUUUAUUUCCUCCGUUUCUCUCUCUCUUUCUUUUUUUCUUUCUUUCGAUCGUUUGUUCAUUUAUUUCUUUUUCCUUUUCUUUCUUUCGCUCCUUCAUAAUCCGCUCUCACUUUUUCUUCCUUUUUUAUUUGUUCGUUUUUUUGUUUUUCUUUCUGCUUUUCUUUUCUUUCCUUCCUUGCCUCUGCUAUUAUAGUCGUAAGCCCUUCUCUCUCUCUCUCUCUCUCUCUCUCUCUCUCGUUACUUCCUUGCUUUGUCUGUGCUGGUUGGUAUAUCAUAAAAUCCACCAACUAAACGCAACUUAUCUUUUCUUUCUUCUUACUUUUUCCUUUUUCUGUUUUUUUUUUCCAUCUUAUCUGUUUUUCUUACUCAUCUUCAUCGACUUUCUCUUGUUUUUUCUUCUUUCUUUCCUUUACAGGGUCAUUGUAACUGUGACAUUCCGCCAUCUUUCUUUUUGCCUUUCUUUCUCGUGUUUAACUCUUUUUUUUUCUUUCAAUGUUUUCUUCUUUUUACUUUUUCUCUAUUCAUCAGUUUCUGUUAUUGAGCGUGGUCUUCUUUCAUACACACGAUUUGCAAAUACUACCUACGCCAGUCGAACCAACACACAGGUCGCUAUUUGCUUACGUCUUAUUUCAAUCUUUCUUUCUUUGCACGUUUACCUUACUUUUCUUUCUUUCUUUUUUGUUUACCUUUUCUUUCUUUCUUUCGUUCUUUCUUUCUUUCUUUCUUUCUUUCUUUCCACCCCAUUCGUUUUUCCCCAGUCUUAUUUCCUAUUAUUUUUCCCAAACUUUUAUUGUUUUCCCCCAUUCUCUUUUUUUUUAAUCUAUGCCAAUAAUUCUUCCUCUCACACACCCCGUAAGCCGAGAGUUCUCUCUCAAGGCACGUCUGUCUUAUACAUCUUUAGGCAUACUUCCUUCAUCCACUUUCUCUCUCGAGGCACAUUUCUCACGCGAUCUUUCUUUCCCAUGGCAUAUUUUUCACUCACACUUUCACUCCCUAUACAAUCUUUCUUUCUUACUUAUUUCUUUUUUCUUUCUAGCUUUUGCUUAACUUUUCUUUCUUUCUUUCUUUCUUUCUUUCCAGUCUUUGCUUACCGUUUCCUCCUUUCUUUCCAGCAUUUACUUCUCUUUUCUUUCUUUCCAGCGUUUGCUUACUCUUUCUUUCUUUCUUUCUUUCUUUUUUUUUUCUUUCUUUCUAGCUUUGCUUACGUUUUCGUUCUUUCUUUCCAUCAUAUGCUUACUUUUUCUUUCUUUCUUUCUUUCUUUCUUUCUUUCUUUCUUUCUUUCUUUUUUUCUUUCUUUCUUUCUUUCUUUUCCCACUUCCAUCUUUCUUCUCAACAUAUCGUCAUCUCUUUCUGUUGUUGUUCUCUCUCCCUCUCUAUGUGUGCGCAAUGUUUUUCUCUUUAUUUUCUCUGUGAAUUUUUUGUCCGUCUCAAUCCAAUGAUUUCUCGUUUGGUUGGGAUUUCUUUUUUAGUCUCUCUUUCUUUAUUGCCCUUCUCCUCCUUCCGCAUUCAUAUAUGCGUCUGUUUGUGCGAGAGAGAAUUAUCUACCUUUAUCGUGGUCUCUCCCAAUCAGUGUUUCUCGUUGCCUGUUUCUUUCUGUUGCCGCUAA